UAGUGCCUUGCGAGUGGCGGGCCUGAUAGCAAAAUUGGGGGGGUAGCUACGGGUUCAAGUCGUUUUUGUUGGGGUUGUUUUAUUGUGCCCGGGCGCUGUACGAGAUUGGGGCCUGGUCAGUGCUUCGUCUGCGGAUGCAAUGGCGCUUCUCCGGGGCGUGUGGGGCGUGCUGAGUGCUCUGGGAAAGUCAGGAGCGGACCUCUGCAAGGGAUGUGGCAGUCGACUGCGCUCUCCUCUCAGUUUUGCGAAUGUACCAAGAUGGUUUUCAUCUAACUUCAUUGGUUAUCCAAAGAAGCCUAUGACUUCAUACGUUCGAUUUUCUAAAGAACAGCUACCCAUAUUUAAAGCUCAGAACCCAGAUGCGAAAAAUUCAGAACUAAUUAAAAAAAUCGCUGAGCUAUGGAGGGAACUUCCUGAUGCAGAGAAAAAGAUAUAUGAAGAUGCUUACAGGACAGACUGGCAGGCAUACAAAGAAGAGAUAAACAGAAUUCAAGAACAACUAACUCCAAGUCAAAUUGUAUCUUUGGAAAAAGAAAUCAUGCAGAAACGUUUAAAAAAGAAAGCGUUAAUAAAAAAGAGAGAGUUAACAAUGCUUGGAAAACCGAAAAGACCUCGCUCAGCUUAUAACAUUUUUAUAGCUGAACGCUUUCAGGAAGCUAAGGAUGGUACAUCACAGGUAAAGCUGAAAGCUGUAAAUGAAAGCUGGAAAAAUCUCUCUAGUUCUCAAAAGCAAGUAUAUAUUCAACUUGCUAAAGAUGAUAAAGUUCGUUAUUAUAACGAAAUGAAAUCUUGGGAAGAACAGAUGGUUGAAGUUGGACGAGAUGAUCUUGUACGACGUUCAGUGAAAUACACAGCAAAAUAGUGACCCUGAGAAGUCUUAAAAUAGAAGAUUGAAUUAUGUUCAUAAUGGAUAGACACAAGAAACCAAUUAGGUCUCAAUACCCAAAGCUGUUUAAAAUUAAGAUGGAUAAAAGUUGGUAAACAUUUAUAUUUAAUUUCUUUUCUUUAGCCCAUUGACUUCUGCCAGCCAAUUCAAUACAUUUUGUAUUGGUGUCUUGCUUUGGAAAACCCAAACAGAUAAGAGUUCAUGCGGAAUGUAUUUUGUGUUUAGGAACCACUGAGCAUCAAAAUAAUCCAUGAAAUGUAACCGUGAAUCAUUUUACCUUUGAUAAAGGUAAAUCAGACUGUGAAGUUUUUUUAUACUCUGUGACUAUGGAAAGAAUAUUCUUGUUUCCUUAUAUUACGGAGGCAGGCGUUUCCUUUUCAAAAGUGUCUCAAAGUUUGUAGAAGCCAUAAUGUUCUGUGAUAUAAUUGUUUGUUUUUAAUAGAGCAUCCAGAACUCAUGUUGGCAAAUUCCAAAUCCUAGCUAUAAUUCAUAUUGUAGUCAGAGUUGAUGGUUGUACAUGCAAGAGAUUUCUGGUGUCAGUUGCAACUUUUAUAAAAGGGAUAGAGAAAUUUAUAAAUCUUUUCCUCAUUGUCUUUUUUCCUAAAUUAAAAACUAAAAAAUUAUGUACCAUAUCUAUGCAUAUUGUUUUAUAUUGCAUAGAGUAAAAAUUUAAGUGUUUCCUAAUUAUAUGUUUUAAGGUGAGACAUUCAUUUUACAGCUUUCUGGGGGUUUUUUUUUGUUUGUUUUUUUAAAGUAGGAAUUUGUAUUCUGAAUUAUUUUUUCUCUUAUGUGUGUAUAUUUAUCCAGAAAGUAGAGAACUUAUUUGGUACAAGUUUUAAAAUGAGAGAUCUAAAAAAACAUAAGUCUCCUGUCUCUAGAUUUGGAGCCUGUAAUUUUUAAACAUUUUGCGUAACAUAUAAAAGCCUAUGUACGGGACCCAGCUCUGGCCUGUUGGCGAAAUCCAGCCCACUGCCUGCUUUUCAUGGCCUUGUGAGGUAAGAAUUGUGUUUACAAUUUUAAAUGGUUAAAAAAAAAGAAUAUUUCAAGGCACAUGAAAAUUAAUAUGAAAUUCAGUGUCCAUAAAUAAUGUUUUAUUGGAACACAGCCAUACUCAUUCUUAUUGUUUAUGGCUGCUUUUGUGCAACAGUGACAGAGUUGACUAGUUGUUACAGAGAUGGAUAGCCUGCAAGGACUGACCCGUACAGUGUGGAAUGAGAUGCUCUUAAAUUAUUUGCUAUGGCUCAGUAAAAUAAACCUUAAGAAUUUGCCAGUUAGCAUAUAAACCUUACCAUCCUUUAGCAUUUGUUUAUCCUCUUAGGAGAGUCAAGCAAAGGUUUUCAAAACCCUCACCAGCUUUUUGAGCAAAAUAUUCAACUGUCAUCAUCAGUUCACAGGAGUAAGAUAACUCAAAAUUUAUAUUUAUAUUAUACAAAAUAUUAUGCCAAAAAAUUGUGUAUUCUAGAUCUCCAGAAACAAAUGAAGAUUUUUGUAGUUUGUGGAUAGAAAAUAAGUUAAAAGUCAUGAAAAAAUGACUUUUUACAUACCGAAUUUGGCAAAGGUAGGGACUGUAGAGAAAAAUAUAGCUUAAGAGAAGCCUAAGAUUUAAAUAUAUGAAGCUGAGUGUAUUCAAACAACUUUCCCCUGUGGAUAGGAAUACAGGACAAAGUCUGCCAUUAGGUAGAUAGGCACCAUGGGUCUGAGGCUAGAGUAUUUUGGGGAGUAAGGGUUAGGGAAGAAAAGGACGUGUGCUAGUGUCUAUCACAAGCUUUUCUCAAUUAGGUUUCCAGGAGAGAAUUAAGCCCUAAUUCCCUAUGGCAUCUAGAAUGGUACUGAUUUUGUAUCAUCCUCAGGAGAAUGGAGAAAAUAAUCACUCAAAUAAUUUACUGUGUUCUGUGCUUCAGAUGAGCCUAGGGAGCAGAUAGGAGUCAGUGUUUGUAAUGAAUAUUAUAGAAUGGGUGAGGUAGAGAAAUGAGUUACGUAAACACCUGCAGGACAAGUGUCGUAUAAAACACAUCUUUGCAAUUACUUUCUGAGCUCUUUUAGCAUUUAACUACCUAUAUCAUUUUAUACCAAACACAUUCAAAUCUUAUCUUCCCGAAUAUACUGGGAAGUUCUUAAAUAUUUACAUCUUAAUGUAGGGAAGAAAAGUAUGAAACAGUGAAAGGAGCUAGAGCAAAACCAUUUUAUGAUAAUAUCAUUUUAUUGGUUUUUCUUUGUUUCUAAAAGAAUGUCACCAUUAAUACUUUAAAUAUUAGGAUAAUCUGAUUUCACACCUUUCUUAAUAAACUUCAGUACAUGUUGAAGACUGGCAUGCCAUAUAUCAAAUGCCAUCCAGUUUAACAAUAUACACAAAUAUUCUAUUGUUAUAAAGAAUGAGAGCUUAUAUCAAUAACCAGUGGCCAGUCAUAUAACACCUUACUUUUUAGACUUUUCUUAAAUUGACCCAACAAAGUAAUUGCUGUAAGAGCUAAAGAAUAGUGCCAGGGAAAAGAUGCUGAGGAAAUGAAAGCAGUGUUUAUGCUUUUCUGAGCAGUUGGUCAUAAAGAGAUGUUUAUACUUUUGUUCAUUAGAGUACCAGUAUUAGAUUUUUUGAAAUAAAUUGAUGAUGGGUAUGUGUGUAAUUAUUUUACUUUCUGAUGUUUAAGGGAUAUUAAUGUGCAGAUUCAGCCUACUGUAAUCAUGUAAUUUUGCUGUUGCUUUUGGCUAACUCCUUUUUUGGAAAUGCCACUUUCUUUUUUUAAAUAGUUGGCUAUGAAUGUGUAUAUUUAAAUUUCUGAAUUAAAAUGAUAUUACUACAAGUAGA